AAACGCUUUCUCAACGUCCGGAAGUGCGUGGCUUUGAGCAAAUAUGGCGUUCAGACGAACGCCUUUAUCAUUUGCUGCUACAGACUCAACAUACUCCCUUUGCGUUUUGUGUUUUUCCAUUUUGAUUGCGUUCGCAGGCUUCGAAACGCCAAAAUGCGAGGAUGCGUUUAGUGCAAACUACUCGCCUACUGUACCCAUCGCCGCCGCUAGGGAGCUACGAUACCUUCUGUACGACGUGAACCCCCCAGAGGGUUUCAACCUGCGGCGAGAUGUUUAUAUACGCAUAGCAUCCCUGGUAAAAUCUCUGAGGAAAAAUGGCGAUGACUGGGUCCUCGUGCUUCCCCCAUGGGGUCGACUGUAUCACUGGCAGAGCCCCAACCUUCAUCAGAUCCGCAUCCCUUGGGGGGAGUUUUUCAGCCUCACCAGCCUGCAGGCCAACGUUCCAGUGAUUGAGUAUGAGGAAUUCAUUGCUGAAAAUGGAGGCCCAUUCAUUGAUCAGGUUGUGGUCUUGCAAAAUUAUGCAGAGGGAUGGAGUGAUGGGAAAUGGGAGGAAAAGGUUGAUGAGCGACCAUGCAUUGAGAAAUUGAUGUACAAUAAAGAUAAACAGGGCUACUACAGGGGAUGGUUUUGGGGCUUCGAAGAAACGAGAGCUCGAAACAUGACUUGUCUGUCUGCACAAGGUCAUGCCUCCAUCAUGGUACCGGUUCUUCAGGAGAACAUUACAGUGACCUCAGUAAUGCUCGACCGAGCAGAGACUCUUCUCCACGAUCACUAUGCUGGGAAGGAUUACUGGAAUAGCCGGCGCAGUAUGGUGUUUGCCAAGCACUUGCGGCUCAUUGGAGACGAGUUCAGAACAAAGUACCUCAACUCAACAGAUGAUGGUGACCACACUAUUUACAAUGAAGACUGGACUCGCAUGAAAGCCAAGCUGGGCUCUGCCAAAGGGGGUCCAUAUCUCGGGGUCCACUUGCGGCGGAAGGAUUUCAUCUGGGGUCACAGAGAGGAUGUCCCCAGCCUCAAGGGGGCAGUCAAAAAAAUACGAAACCUCAUGAAGAAGCACAAACUGGAUAAAGUCUUUGUUGCAACUGAUGCAGAUGAGGAAGAACUGAAGGAGUUAAAGCGGUUGCUGCCUGACAUGGUCCGAUUUGAGCCAUCCACAGAGGACCUGGAGCUUUUCAAAGAUGGAGGUGUGGCAAUCAUUGAUCAGUGGAUUUGUGCCCAUGCAAGAUUCUUCAUUGGAACAUCAGUGUCGACGUUUUCCUUCCGCAUCCAUGAAGAGCGUGAAAUUCUUGGAUUUAAUCCAAAAACUACUUAUAACCGUUUUUGUGGGGACAAUGAAAAAGAGUGUGAACAGCCUACACACUGGAAAAUCGUUUACUAAUCUCAACUUUAACUUUUCCAACGAUACACAAGUGCCAAAAGCAGUGUUACUCUAAGACACAAAACAGUAUUUGAAGUGUUACUUUUUUUUUUUUUUUUAACAUGGAUUACUUUUUAUGCUACGGAGUUGUGCAUAUCUGGAGUGACACCAGAGACAGACAAUGCUUCUGAACUUGUGUUGUUGACGGUUUUGUAACACAAAUCUUCAAUGUUGUUUUCAGCUUGAUUUCUUUCAAGUGUUUGCCUUUCAAUAUAUUUCUGACUCAUAGCGUUUGCAUGGGUGCAAAAUGUGUUCAGAAGUGACACAUCACGAGUGGCUUUAUGGGUGAUGAUUUCGUCAUUACAUUUUUAAAAAUGAUUUUAAGCAUUUUUAUUCUAAAUGUAUUUUUCUGCCAACUCCUUUAAUUUCACUGAACUUCCUUUGAGGAAACAUUUGAAUCUUCACGCAGCACAUUCAAUAGUUUUUUCCAAUUGAAUACAUUCACUCUUAUUCUGGGAGAAAACAACAUUUCAUAUUCUUGCACAAUAACAUCUCAUCGGUUUUAAAAUAUUUCUGAAGCAGAAAAUGCCAAAAGUAUGUUCUGCUACACAAAUAGGACAAUAGGGAAAGUACAGUGUUGUGAGUGUAAUGCACUACAAGUGAAAGAUUUAUUGAAUAUUGAUUUGCUUUUUCGCUCAUCUUUUCAGAAUUUAAAAAAAAUCGUAAGGUGCAAUUUGCUUGUUGAGUACACUUUUGAUGAAGCCAAUUGACUAGUGAAACAACUAAAAGAAUUGUUCACUUUGUGCUUUUAUUUUUGGGGGGGAUAUUAAUGAAGGUCAUAAUGUGAUGAGAAUGGCACGUGUUUAGUUGACAUCUCAGUGUUGCAGUCCAUUUCUAAUUUAAAAGUUUGUGUAUACAUGUGUGUGGCUACAUCUUUUAUUUGCGUAUGUUGUUGCUUCUAUCGAAGAAAUGUCUUUCAGUGGUUUCUCUGGCUCUCUGGAAAAAAAUGUAAUAUAGUUAGUAUUUAAUUCCUAAGCAUUUCAAAGUGGGAAAAGAAGCAUCUGUUGUGAUCAUGCAGUUCUUGGAGAAAUGCAACAAAUAUCACCUACAGUAUGAACUUGAUCUGCCAAGGCCAGUGAUAUUCAGUUGUCCUUGGUAUUCUCCUUUGUGUUAGUUUUCAAAUGUAUUGAAAGUAGUUCAUGGUAAGAAGGGAUGAAGGUAAAACAAUUCUUGUGUGGGGAUCCAAUGCAUUUGGUUUUAUCAUUUAAAGUUUUUGUGUGUGUGCUGUUGAUACAUGUGAUUCCAGGUAAUUAGAGAGAGGGCAUUGUUUUGUACCGCUCCCUCAUCUACCUAUGCCAUAUGAAGCAACAACUAAAUUAUGCCGUGCUUGUGUAAUGUUCCCUUUUACUCGCGUGCCUGGUCCAUUUGAUGACAACAAUAUCCCGAUGUCUUGUUGAGCAUGUUGAAGAAAGAAGUAUCUACAGUUGAUGUGAAGUCUACACAUCCCCGUUUAAAUGGCACAUCUUUGUCAUGUGAAAUAUGAGACGAUAAAUCCUUGCCAAAAUUAUUCCAUCAUUGUUUGAACAUUUAAGAUGUGCAAAUCUAUAUACAAAAAAUUAAUUGGGGGAGGUGAAGAUAAAAAAACAGAUGUCGUUCAAAUUGUGUGCACAACCUUGACACUUUUCUACGCUUUUAUCAGUAAGUGAGACGUUGCAAUUACCCAUGAUUACGAUUAUGUAUUUUUGAAACAUUUUAUACAAUGGUGUGUUCAAAUAUGUUUACAAUGCAUUUCAAAAGUUUGGUAAAAACGUGGCAUGUUUUUUCCCCAAGAUGAAACCAAUUAAAUCACUGGUGUGUCCAUAUAAUAAAGUUCCCGCAGUAAAUGGGGGCUCACCGUGA